AAAGAUUUCUGGACAGUUCGGGCCAGUCGGGCAAAUGAAAAGUGUCGGCAAUAAACAAAACAAUGUCAUGCGGUAUUGGAAAUAGUGUUUUUGAACUCAAAUCACUUAAGCAACACACCCCAUGGAAUGGAAUACCUCAUCAUAAGCACACCCAUUUCCGGUGCGAGUCAGCUGUAGAAAUGGAACAUAGUUAUUCUCGUGACUGGCGACCUGCAGAAAACAGUAAAGUCAUGUCAACGAGAACUAUUAUGGUCAACAGGGCCCCACAGUGCCCCUCAUGCCACUUUCACACCAACGAUGAGGGAAUUGAUGUAGAUGAACAGCACAAAUCCUCUGCACUGCCAUACGAUGAGGAUGAGGCCAUGAAGGCAAUGGAGUACACCACACAGAUAGCGUAUUGUGUGAAAAAUACCAAUUCGGAUGAGGAUGAUUGGGAGGAGGCUGUAAAUAAGUUAGGUUGGUCCAUUGUGCAACAGAAUCUCUUUGCCAAAGUGGCUAAUAUCCUGGAUCUGGACAGAUUGGCUCGUUUGGCACGAAAGAGCCGUGAGCAUGAGUCAGUGUUCAGACGAGCCGAUAUUGACAAGAGUUGCCAGCGCAUGAGGCAGGCUCUGGCAGCUGUUAAUUGGGAUAUUCGGCUGACACAGUGGCUCCAUGGGGUUCUCAUUGAACACCUACCGCCCAGCUAUAUGAGUCUCUAUCUGGACAUCCUGCAGACAUUGAAGGCCAAGUUGCCUGCAUUGAUUGACAAAAUGAUUUUUGGACGAACACCACCUGGGGCUCAGGAUAUCAUGGGGCCGGUGAUGAAGGAACCAUGGGAGCCAAAGAUUAAUCACAAAAAUAGAAAAUUACCCAAUCAACCUAUAAUUAUUAUCCUGCCAAAUGGACCAUCUGUUAGUCCGGCCAGCAAUAGGAUGCAAAAGUGGUUUGCCCUCUUUGCCACAAUGGGCUCCGUUGUACCGAUUGCCAUUCAUGCGGGCGGUGUGGCUAUUCAGAAGCAGGGUAUGCAGACAGUUGUUGAGCAAUUGGUAACGGUGUCUAGGGCAAAAAUUCAGGAUAUUCGGGCUGAGUCACCGGGAAGACCAAUAAUCCUGGUGGGAUUCAAUUCAGGAGCUGCUCUGGCACUACAAAUUGGUGUUCUGGAGCCAGCUAGUUCAAUUGUUUGUAUGGGAUUUGCCUAUAAUACGAUGCAGGGUAUCCGUGGAUGUCCGGAUGAUCAGAUUCAGGAGAUAACAACACCGAUACUCUUUGUUAUUGGGCAGAAUUCAGCUAGGACGAGUCAGGAGGAGAUUGAGUGUUUGCGGGAGAAUAUGAUUGCGCAGACGAGUGUGGUGAUUGUGGGAUCGGCUGAUGAUGCUCUCAGGGUGAAUACGAAGAAGAGGCGUAUUGAGAAGGUGACACAGGCCAUGGUGGACAAUAUGGUGAUGGAUGAAGUGGCAGAAUUUGCAACAUCGUGCCUGGUGAAUCCACCAGGACCGAGACAAAUGCCUGGAGGAGGUCUCAAUCAAUCAACAGUUGUCACGUCAAAUGGUAUGCCUGGGAAUCCCUUGGUGGUGCGCAAGAGAAAAAUAACGGGUGAUUCGGAAAGUGGUUGUGAUGAUAAACCAUCUCCAGUGAAGACACCGAGACCCGUUGGAAGGCCAAGGCUCAAUAAUAAACCAAUCCCCGGGCGAUUGCCCAAGAAGCCAAUUGUUGGAAGUGGAAUUACUCAGCCAUCGAGUGAAGCACUAGAUAUAGCCAUUCAGAGUAUCUUGCCGACAGAUAGCAAUGAGAUGACAUCCCUGGAGCCAGUGGUAUCCACCAGUGAAGUCAAAAAAUCUCCCAUUAUGACGUCAUAUGAGAUUGUUCAGGGGAAGAUAACGCAGAAGGUGGAGUAUAAACCGUUGAUAUCGAGUGGAGCUGUGAGUUCUCUGGUGUCGGCUAGAUCACCAAAUUCAACGACGGUGUCCGGAGUUGGAGGGACUCCAAUUGUUUUGCCCAUAAUUCAGAGGCCAAAGGUGAAGAUGGUACCACCAAAUCAAUUUGUUCAGCUAAAACCAGGGAAUAUGGAGAGUUUGGGUGGAUCAUCGCAAGUUUAUACGAUUAAGAGUGGCACGACAAUUUCAACACCCACCAAAACACCACAAUUGUACACAAUUAAAACAUCAUCGGGGAACAAGGUAAUCUCCAUGAAGAAGCAAUCCCCACAAACACCACAUUUAGUCACAGUGUCUCCCAGUGGAUUUACCAAUAAAUACACCAUCAUGAAGUCCACAAAGGCCGUUCCGACGUCAUCGUCAGAUGGAGCAGGAGAUAAGCCAGAUCUAACUGGUACCAAUAUCUUUGACAUCCCCAUUGUUUUUGCUGACAAUGAGGGCAAUAUCCAUGAAUCUGAGGCAUCAACAGAGGAUGCAGAUACGUCGAGUGAGAGCACAGUAAUGGCUAUGAGUCCACACAAAGAGCCAGAAACGUCAUUAGCAAAUGCCAGUAGGAUUUAUAAUUUAAUUCCGGCAAGCAAAGCAGCAGCCGGAAGUGGUGGGAAACAAGUUGUGUUCAUAAAUCGUAGCAAUGCAACUACUCUCAAACCCAAUAUAAUAUCCAAAUCAGUUCCACCGCUCAAAUAUACCAAAGUCAUGGUAUCAUCGGCAACUGGACAAUCUGGACUAAGGCAGCAUUUGGAAUCGGGUACAUCGGUGGUCACUAGCCAUUUGCCCAUUAUGACCAAUAAGAUGGUAAAGGUAAAGGCUAGUGAGAUUGAACGGGGUAAUGUUAUUUCAUCACGUCCCAUUCCGACUACCAAGCUUCAGCCUAUUAUUAUCAAUGUGGAAGCCGAUAAGGCGUCUGGAAGAGCAAUUUCAAGUGGUGAUGGAAUAUCAAAGAUUCCACAUACAAUUUAUCUGAAGCCCAACAGUGGGACAAUUAGGCAGAUUCCGGGAAUUCUCAAUAAGAAUCUGACGGUGAAGAAGCUGGUUAAUAUUGUGCAGCAGAACAAGAAUCAACCGGAUGGAGGGACUGAGUAAUUUUUCCAAGCUUUGAGAGAUCAUCACGACCUCAAGCUUUUUCUUGUUGUGAAGAAACAAAAAAAAAAACAAUAAACAGAGUUAUUUCACCAGAA